AGUUCGAUUGUGAUGGUCGUGAGCAAAAGUCACCACAGGUUUGAUACAAAACCGAAUAAAAUAAUUUAUGUAGUUCGGUUGACGAAAAAGUGAUAUUUGUGAGCAAAAAUUAUAUUCAAAAUGUUCAGCAAGGCAAAAAUUCGCAGAUUUAAUGACGUUCAGAGCGAUACACCAGCGCCAGGUGCCUAUAAUCCAGUGAUACAGCAGAAAAUCAGAGGCUAUGCAACACAAAAAGCUAAAAGAUUUCCUGAUGAAAAAAUAGUUUCUAAGCCCGGCCCCUCCAAUGUAAAACCAAAGCAAAUGUUAAGACAAGAUCCUAGACCGACAAUAAAGUCGACUGUAAAUAAGAGACAAAAAAUUCAGCACGCAACUGUAACUCGAAUGCCUGGGAGAGUAGCAAAUCAUAUUUAUCGUGUAGAGAGUGAAAUUGAAAAUCUAAAAUCUAAAAUCUUGUCAGCUAUGCCGAGCAUGAAGAAUAAAGUAGACGAUUUGCAGGAAGUUUGGCAAGAUAAGAAGCAAUCAUUGGUUAUUGAUGACAAAGAGUCAGGACAACUUGUUGAUGAUAAUUUAAAUAAUAUUCUAAAGGAGAUGUCACAUUUGCUAAACGACUCACAAAAGGGCCGUUUCCAAGAGAUAGCAUUCAUACAAGCUAUGAAUGCUUAAAAAGAUUACAAGUAAACGUUAUAAAUAUUAAUUAAUUAUUAUUUAAAAUUUAAUGACGUACAGACAUGCUUAUAAAGUAAAGUUUUAAUAAUAUUGGUACAAAAAUUUUUUCAAGCAAUAUUUUUAACUUGUUAUUGUUAUUGAAAAUCACUAAUCUGUCAAUCAUCACUGUUAAUAGAACUAUGUAUUAUUGAAAGUAAUUGUUUGUAAAUAAAAAAUAAUACAUUUUUGAGGAAUAAA